AUGAGAGAACUUGAAUCUUUGGAUUUGUCUGUGAUCCAUCUUAAUGGAAAGAUUCCUUUGAGCUUGGUUGGGUUAACUGCUUUGAGUUUGUUGAGCGUAUCAUACAACCCUCUUAUAGGAACAAUCCCGACAAGGCAUCAGCUUCAAACCUUCAAUGGAUUUAGUUUCAUUAGAAAUCAUGCACUUUGUGGGGCUCCUCUUCCAGGUUGCCGACAAAAAACUGAUGAUACCAAGGGAGCUAAUGACGAUCAUGGCAAACCUGAUGACACUAAUUGGAUCCUAGUGAUAUGUAUGAUCGUUGGAUUGGCUGUUGGUUUCUGGAUCACGAUUGACACGUUGAUUGUUAGCAAACGAUGUAGAGAUGCGUAUUAUCAUUUUCUAGACAAAAUGAGGAUCAAAGCAAAUUUCAUUCUUCUCGUAUCCAUGUACGUAAGUCAUAUCCCAUAA